UCUUUUUUUAGGACGAUGCAAGUUUGAGCGGGCCGGAGAACGGGAUCCGGAUCGUGUCAGCUGGCUGAUCUCGAUGAUCGGCGCCUGGGUUUGAGCAUCUCUCUGUCCGUCCACGCUGCGCAACUCCCGGUACGCUAAAAUACACAUAUACGGACGUGCGCAUUGUAAUUCGAACCGGUCGUCGCUGGUAGACAUAACCUUAGCCUCAAAGCCACCGACCUGCGCCUGUCUCGAGGCCACCCGCACGCCCCCCACGCCCGCACCGAAGACAUGGCUCCGACCCGUGAGGGCCCCAUGGCUGACGCCAGCGACGCCAGCGACGCCAAGGCGCCCGACGAGUACGUCCUCGAUCCCGUCAGCACCGACGCCUCUAAGGCUUCUCUCAAGGGCCACCUCCGCCUCACCCCCGACUCUCCCGCCGGCGACGGCGACCUCGCGCCACCCUCCGAUGCCCCCGGCCCGGUCCGCGACGGAGAGACGGCGUCGAUCGACGACGGCGACCGCGGCUCCGUUCGGUACAAGGUAUACAAGAGGAGGUGGUUCGGUCUCAUACAGUUGACCCUACUCAACAUAAUCAUUAGCUGGGAUUGGCUCACAUUCUCUCCCGUCUCGCAAAAUGCGGCCAUAUAUUACAAUACCACCGAGUCGGCUAUCAACUGGUUCUCGACGGGCUUCCUGUUCGCCUUCGUCGUCAUCUUUCCCGCUGCCAUCUAUGCUCUGCAUCUAGGACCUAGGCCCUCCAUAAUCGCCUCUGCCGUGCUGAUCUUGGUGGGGAAUUGGAUCCGCUUCGCCGGCUCUCAUUCGCGCGAUGGCGGACUCUAUGGCGUUGUCAUGUUCGGUCAAAUCCUAGUUGGGCUUGCCCAGCCGUUCGUGCUGAGCGCUCCCACACGCUAUUCCGACAUGUGGUUCACAAAUAGGGGCCGUGUUGCGGCCACCGCCCUGGCCAGUUUGGCAAAUCCUUUUGGUGCUGCUCUCGGGCAGCUCGUCGUGCCGUUCAUGGUCUCGGGACCCGGUGAUGUCUCGAAUGCCGUGCUCUACGUCGCCAUCAUUUCCUCUGUGGCCGCACUCCCCUCGUUUUUCAUCCCAGCUGCGCCGCCCACCCCCCCGGGGCCGUCGGGCUCGACGCCGAAGAUGUCCUUGCGCUCGUCGCUACGGCACCUCCGGUCUCUCGAGAUAUGGCUCAUCCUGGUCCCUUUCGGCAUCCUCGUCGGGUUCUUCAACAGCAUCUCUUCGCUGUUGAACCAGAUAAUGAUGCCGUACGGCUUCACGUCUGACGACGCUGGCAUCGCCGGCGCAAUCCUCAUCGUCGUCGGGCUCAUCGUCUCCGCAAUCUCGAGCCCGAUCCUCGACCGCACGAAGCAGUUCCUGCUCGCGAUCAAGAUCGCCGUGCCGGUCAUCGGUCUCUGCUACCUCGUGUUCAUCUGGAUGCCGGGCACACGCUCGCUCGAGGGGCCGUAUGUCGUGCUCGCCCUGCUUGGCGCUUCCAGCUUCGCCCUGGUGCCCGUCGCGCUCGAGUUCCUCGCCGAGAUCGCUCACCCCGUGAGCCCCGAGGUCACUUCGACCAUCGCCUGGUCCGGCGGCCAGCUGCUCGGCGGCGCCUUCAUAUUGAUCAGCGACGCUCUCAAGGCUGGCCCCGUUGCCGAUCCUCCGUUCCACAUGUUCAACGCGCUGAUCUUCACGGCGGUCGUCGCACUCGCCACCGUACCGCUACCACUCGCGCUUGGUCUGUUCGGGCGCAAGGACAGACUCGUCAUGAGGAGGACCCGGAGCGACGAGAGGACCGAGGUUCCUCCGUUAGUGUAGUAGGCGGCGCAGGUACGAGGGCAAAAGAAGGCCUGUGCGACGACGAAGGGAAUAAAAAGGAGGCAUCUCGGAUAUAAUGGCUGUUUUCCCGUUGCGGGUGACGGCUACACCAGAUGCUGGGUACGCGGGACGGAGGUCGGGUAGCAUGUCAAGCGGGGAGGCUAAUGUCUUUAUGGGGAUGGGAUAGGUAGGCGGACGGAUGACGGCCACGCAUUUCCGCCCGUUA